CCUCAUAUUUUCAAAAUCUCCAUAUUAAUUUAAUGUUCUUCUCCCUCACAAUGAGGUUGCUCCAUAACUACUAGUACAUAUAGUUCCAAUAUUUUACACUCUUCUGUUGCCAUCAAAAUUUCUCAAGUAUAAGCCAUUGUUCUAUCAUAGAAAUGGGUGAAGAGAACAAGGAAGAAGGAAAGAAAGAAGAAACCAAAGAGGAAAAGAAGGAAGAAGAGAAAAAGGAGGAAAAGAAAGAUGAAGAACAACCUCCAGAAAUAGUACUCAAGGUUGAUAUGCAUUGUGAAGCUUGUGCAAGGAAAGUUGCAAAAGCAUUGAAAGGAUUUGAAGGAGUGGAGGAGGUGACUGCAGAUAGUAAGGGCAGCAAAGUGGUAGUGAAAGGAAAGGCAGCAGACCCCAUAAAGGUGCUCAAAAGACUACAAAAGAAAAGUGGCAAGAAAGUGGAGUUAAUUUCACCUUUGCCAAAACCUCAAGAGGAGAAAAAAGAAGAAGAAAUUAAAGAAGAACCAAAGCCAGAGGAGAAAAAGGAUGAGCCUCCACCUGUGGUAACAAUAGUUCUCAAAAUUAGAAUGCAUUGUGAUGCAUGUGCUCAAGUUAUACAGAAACGUAUCCGUAAGAUUAAAGGAGUAGAAUCAGUGGAAACAGAUUUGGGAAAUGAUCAAGCCAUAGUAAAAGGAGUGAUUGAUCCAACAAAGCUUGUUGAUGAAGUGUUCAAGAGGACUAAAAAGCAAGCUUCAAUUGUGAAGAAGGAAGAAAAGAAGGAAGAAGAGAAGAAAGAAGAAGAGAAAAAGGAAGAGGUCAAAGAAGAAGAGAAAAAAGAAAGUGAAGAAGAAAACAAAGGAGAAGAUGAUAAUAAAACUGAAAUCAAACGUAGUGAAUAUUGGCCAUCAAAAGACUAUGUUGACUAUGCUUAUGCACCUGAGAUUUUCAGUGAUGAGAAUCCAAAUGCUUGUUCUGUUAUGUAGACCAGUUAUUAUCAUUUGUACUAUCUUUAUAUUUUAGUAGCUUAUUGGAUUAAAUUUAUUUUCUAUGCCAUGUAAUGUAACAUAGUAUAGUAGUGAAUAUUUAAGAAUUUUAUCUUUGUAUGGCAUUCCUAUGAAGUUGUUGGAUGCUUUAGUUGUUGUGUUUAUGAGAUUUUAAUGUAUUUCCCUGCCAAAAGAUGGCAGAAUCACUUAUGUUGGUGUGUAUGUGUUAAAAAUGUAGUAGUAUUACUGAAUUUUGGCCUA